AAAUUACUUCUUUUGAUUCUUUUUGCACGAAUUUUCCCAUUUUCACCUUCUAAGAGCAGCGAAUUAAAAUAUACACUAAAAACUUGUAAAGUAAAUUACGAAAAUUACGUCGUAAUUCAUAUGAUUUGAAAGUAGGAAGCGAUUGGUUCCCUGGUAUCGUAGCAACGGGUUGUUUACAUGCUACGUCAGCUGUGUAAACAGAUAGGCGAAGUCCUUUUGUUUGGGGCCCUUUUCAGUCGCUUGGUGCUAGAUUCAAACAGCAACGCCGCGUGUACCAGCCAAAACACCGGCCGACUCAGAAAAGUUGUUGACAAUCCCUCUGAAGGCGUGACACAUCCACAAGAUGGCAACCAAGGCAGCACAGCAACCAGCUAAGGACCCCAUCAACAUAGUUCACCAGCAUGCCAUCCUGUGUGAGACCAUCAAAAAGGAAACACUCAACCAGAAGCUCUACACCAACUAUAGCAUCAACCCCUUCAGAAAAUUGUACACUCUAACAGGGAAACCAAACUCCACACACGAUUCUGCUGAUGGCGAGGAAGAUCCACAAUUCCUUAAGAUCAUCCGCCGGGCACACAAGGAGCCUGAGAAGAAGUUCAUCUUCCCUCAGACCGAGGCUCAAGAAAUCGGCUGGAUUCACAAGCCUUUGAUAAAGCAAGACCGUGAGGACAGACGACUACACUUUCCACGCCAAAACUCGGAGAUUACAAAAUACAUGGACGCAGCCUGGAGGCUAAAGGAGCAGACAGAGAACUUACAAUAGACAAUCAGACUACCAGUUUAGCUUUGUAAAUUCUGGACAGUGAUGACAAACAAUUAUCUAGCUUAUCUGUAACACACGUACUUUGUAAGUACAGGACAUACAAUCAGACGACCCCUAGCUUUGUAAAUUCUGGACAGUGAAGACAAACAAUUAAUAUAUUUAGCUUUGUAACACAAGUACAGGACAUACAUUGUACAAUCAGGCUAGCUGCUUUUGACACAAGUACAAGACAGUGAACUCAAGUCAAUAGUUGAUACAGUCAAACUAGCUUUGUAACACAAGUACAGUAUAGCAUAGACCAUUGAUACAAUCAGACUAACUUCAUAACACAAAGAUUACUGUAGAAGUUAGAUGUAAGGACCUGGGAUUGAAUAAUUCUUUCACACUGAUGCCAAAGUACAAAAAAUUGUACAUAUUUAUGCUAUAAAUACAAUUGCAUAGAAGCAACACACUGUUAUGUUUUUUAACAAACUCAGAAUUGGUUUGUUAUCUUCUCAACUUUUUAUCAUAUAUGUUGUAUUGCUAGUUCAUAUUUCAUUGUGAAAAUUAAUCCGACUUUUUGUGAUGCUCCUUUUAACAUUUUGGUGGGGAAAAUAAAUUAAGUUGUAAUGAUAAUUGUUGGGAAUAUAAAAUCUAAGUGAAUUGGGAAGAAUAUGCAUUUGUGAGCCUCUGUUUAAAUGAAACUGUAGGCCUACAUGAAAGUGGUACCUUGGGGCAUUUUUAAAUGUACAUAAAACCCAAAGGAUGUAUUUUACCUUUUAUAAGGCACGUGCCAAGUAGUAAAUAUUCUAGUAAGGAAAAAGAACAAUCAUGAUAAUUUUGCACAGAAAACAAUCCACAUAUAAAUAGAUUUACAUUGCACUGUUACCCCUUUUUCAAGAGAUAAAAUUAAUAUCUGUAAUGCCAUUUUAUAGUGUCCUUUUUGCAUACACUCAUUGGAUGUAUAUUAUCUGUACAUGUGUGAAUUCUUUACUACACAAUAAAAUGUGGUACAAAAAUA